AUGAGUUCAAUAAAGGCGUUCGAAUUCCUCGGUUAUUUGCGAGAGCGUGAACAGAAAUUCAAUGACGCUGCAGCCAAUUAUGAUGAUGCAUGGAAAUUGAGUCGAAUGAGGAACCCAGCAAUUGGGUACAAACUAGCAUACAAUCUUCUCAAAUGCAAGCGUCUGUUCGAUUGUAUUGAAGUAUGUCAUCAUGUGCUGAAGCUUUAUCCCACAUAUCCGAAGAUUAAGAAGGAGAUUAUGGAUAAGGCCAGGCUGAGCAUACGCUCCUAG